GAAGGAACAUGUCAUAACACUCUGCUCAGCGGAGGGCGCUUCAGAAAAAAAAGUCGAGUGUUCAAAAUGGAUAUUAUGGAUACUCCCUCCAAAAACUGCGCUUCGCCGAUCCCAUUGCAGAUAAUGGUAGAAUAUUGCCCUUGUUUUUGAUCAUUAAUCAAAAAAAUGCCAGAAAACAGAAGUUUGACAUUCGGAGGGCGCCUGGUUGAACGCCUGCACUUUGCCAAAUGGUUACCACGAGCGCAUACAAAAAAAAGAAAAAGCAUAUCGCAGCAGACGGUUGGUGACUUUUAUUAGGAGCCCAUCGGUAUCGGUGGUCUCCAUCGUCGUCCGUCCAUCGGUGACUGAUGAACGCCAACUCUUCAAGAAUGCUGGAGAUAUUUCUGUUGGCGAUUGUCAGCGGGCUCCCCGGCAUCGUUGCCCAGUUAAUAAUUGGGAUCAAAUACGUCAAUCGAACAUCCCCAUAUCUUCUAGGAAAUGGCAGUUUCAUCGACAACAACAGCACCAAUCCCUUCCGAGAACCAAAUCGCACUGUAUAUAACCUGAUACCUCCAGAAUUGGUUCCCGCUCACAACGGACAGCCCAUUCCUAAAGCAUUUUGGGAUGAAUACUUUCAUUGGGCGCACCGCGAUAAAGAGCCAGAUUACCAGCCGGCUCUGAAUUUCACUAAACGAGGGCAAAUCCGUUAUGGAGAAUACUGCUGGCCGUGCCCUUACACUGUUCAAAAAAAGUACUGCAGUGACAAGUGCCCACCGCCAUUCCGGGAAGACCGUCGUUCAGGGACGGAAUUCGUCGCGUAUAAAUAUCCUGUGGCCGCUGACCCUGAGCGAAUGGCCGGAGCAUUCCCGAUUAAUCAGCGCUGGACGGUUUUGAAAGAGUGUAAUCAGUGUAUAAGAGAGAAAGAGACCGUAAUCCCAGAAGUCACAACGUGCCUAAAAUGCUUGGAUUAUUACUCCUCAUCUUUGCAAGGAAUAUGGCCUUUCAACCCUUUUCGAGACUUUCCCAAGUUGAUCAAUCAACCUGUUGUGGUGACCAAUCACUAUAAAACUGUGUGCAAUGGAACUCGAUCGGUCAAUGCUACGUGUUUGAUCCAGUCCUUGAAUUACGAUGGACUUUACCACCUCGAUGAAAUGAACUGCACUACGGCACUCCCUCCCGAGUGUGUUCAGGUUAUCGCACCUCCAGGCAAAAAUUUGCCAAAUGGUUCUCCAACGAACACGGACGUUCUUCCGCCUGAUAUUUGCCCUACGAUUCCAGGAACCCCGGGAACAUGCGAUGGUGGACCAGAUACCAAUAUCCCUGUCGAUCCUGGUCCUGAAGACCCCAGCAACCCCACCAACCCUGGACAUCGUGAACCCGAUCCAAGUAACCCUGGAAGUGGCAAUCCCGGCAAUCCCAGCCCUCCUGUAAUUGGGAAUCCCAGCAAUCCAAGCGCCCCCGUACUGGGCAAUCCAAACAAUCCGACCAAUCCUGGAAUUGGCAAUCCCGGCAUUCCUGGCACUCCGAGCAUACCUGGAAGUGGUAACCCCAGGCUUCCACUUGGAAGUGGCAGUGCCCUCCCUGGUCUUCCGGGCCAAAUAGGUACACCCAACGGAAUGAUCCCGGAUAGCCCUGGCAGCUACGGAUACAAUAGCCCGUCCAGCACGCAACCAUCGUCUGGCGGCGCUGGCACCGGGGUUAUCUCGGGACAGGGGAGCACUGGGCCGUCAAUAGCAAAUCCAGUUAACAACAGACCUGGUGGUCCUUCCAGCAGUACCCAAACUGUACCCGGCAGCGGUGACACAAAUACAUCUGGAUCAUCAACCCCAACGGGAGAUCAGUCAGGACCCCAUACUGGCAAAAAGCCUGUUGGAAAUGAAGCUGUCGCUCUGCGCAUCGGCCACAUCUGGCUUGCGUCAUUGAUUGCUGCAGCAGCCAGCCAUGUUCUCUACUGAUACCAUCAUUGCAUGUCUCAUCUUGAGUUUGCCACUUUCUCUAUCGUAGCGCUGAGCGGGCUGAUCUCGCUGCUCAUAUGAAACUGCAAACAUCGUCAUAGAAAUCUAUGCUCUAUUCCAGUCUUGGAUCACCUCAUAGAUGGAGUUAGGAAAGGGUAGAAGAUAUGCAUCGUUCGUUCUGAUCGUCCUGUACCGUGUUCGCACAUCCAUUUCGUUCGGAUGUUUACCGUCGAGAAUAUAAAGGACAUACACUCUUUGCCCAUACUUGCGAUCCAGCCAUUCAGACACGUCCGACGAAUUGAACGAGCACAGGCAGCAAUAGGAGCUCUCACUCGACUACGAGACGCCAAGUGUCGUAUUCGGAAAAAAAAAAUGUGCCCGCAGGAACGUAGCAAACUCAAACACCAGUUGAUGGUAUUGUCAAGGUCGAAAACCUGCUAGCAGAUGGAGUGAUCUUGGUUGAUGCACAGUCGCACCUCUGAUGUAGCCAAGGUGUCAGUUUCUCUAUCAGCACCCUAUGCGUACCCUCUAUGGAAGACUACCACAGAUCUGAUUUUAAUAUACCGUUCAGUUGGACCAACUCCUUUGAGAAAGGCCUCGGUUGUUCCCUUAUUGCCGUUUCAAAUAGCGUUUUCCCGCUGUAUAAGAUUCAAUGUUUAUACCAAUACAGGCUGUACGAGAGUAGAAGGAGGUGA